CGCUGUUUUGCAGCUUCUCAAAGGCGGGAUUUCCGAGCUAGCUGGGCCUCUGAAGGGCUCAGGUGGAGAGGGGAGAGUUGGGACCCAUUGUCCCUUGCCCUUCCCCUCCUCGGGCAGAGGCCGACUCCGCAGAAGCGAGGGUCGCAGAGCUGGGUUAGCGGAAAUGCCCCUCCUGGGGUGAAGUCUCCGGACAUCUGAGGAAGCGAGUUUGUGUCCCUGGGGAUUUUAGUCUACCUACUUUUGGAACCAGAAUUGAAGAAUGACUCUUGAAGCCGGAAUGGGUGACAGUGUCAUCACGGUAUUUUAUUGACCAUGGAUUCUUAUGAUACGUCAGAAUCGACUCCUAGGCACAGUGCAUCCUCAAGGCUUAAAGAUUACUUUAUAGGUGCCACCCCUUUGCAGAAACGAUUAGAAUCAGUCAGGAAGCUGACUUCAUUUAUCCCAACUCCACCUCGAAGGAAAAUUCCUCAGUGUUCACAAUUACAGGAAGAUAAUGAUCCUCAAAAAGUUGCAUUCCUUCUGCAUAAACAAUGGACUUUAUAUAGUCUAACUCCCCUAUAUAAAUUCUCCUAUACUAAUCUCAAAGAGUAUUCUAGACUUCUGAGUGCAUUUAUUGCUGCUGAAAAGCAAAAAGGGCUUGCUGUAGAAGUGGGAGAAGACUUCAACAUCAAAGUGACUUUCUCCACUCUCCUAGGAAUGAAAGGAACACAAAGAGACUCUGAAGCGUUUCUCGUCCAGAUUCUGUCAAAAUCUCAAUUGCCAUAUGAGAACAGAGAACAUAAAGUGUUGUGGACUGGUUGGUUCUGCUGUAUAUUUGGAGACAGUCUUCUGGAGACUGUUUCAGAAGAUUUCACCUGUGUACCCUUAUUCCUUGCAAAUGGAGCAGAGACGAACACAGCCAUAGUAGGAACCUGGUUUCAGAAAACUUUUGAUUGUUAUUUCAGUCCCUUAGCAAUCAAUGCGUUUAAUCUUUCCUGGAUGGCUGCUAUGUGGACUGCAUGCAAAAUGGACCAGUAUAUGGCUGCUACCGAAUUUCUUUGGUCUGUACCCUGUAGCCCUCAAAGUCUGGACAUUUCUUAUGCCAUACAUCCAGAGGAUGCCAAAGCUUUGUGGGACAGUGUCCACAAAACACCUGGGGAAGUUACUCAGGAGGAAGUUGACUUAUUUAUGGACUGCCUUUAUUCACAUUUCCAUAGGCAUUUCAAAAUUCACUUAUCAGCCACAAGAUUGGUCCGUGUUUCCACAUCUGUAGCUUCAGCACAUACUGAUGGAAAAAUAAAGAUUCUGUGUCAUAAAUACCUUAUUGGAGUCUUGGCAUAUUUGACAGAACUGGCAAUUUUUCAAAUUGAUUGAAGUCUUGUGGGGACUAUACGUGAUGGAUUAUAUACUUUUUUCUCACUGAUUAUUUGCUUAAUUGCUGUGCUGAGAGGGCCUGCAGGAGAAAUAUGCAUCUAUCUCUGCAUCUGUUUUCCUCUCAGUGCCUUUGGAAUUGCCCAGAUGGAAUUCAAGAAGGAUCUAGAAGAACAAAGAAGGUGGUAGUAAAUGAGUCACAGCCAGGUGCUCGAUAAUAGUCAUGAUGAUCUGGGAUGCCAGAUUCUAGAAAAUGCUGAGUUGUUAUUUUCUUGGACCAUCUUUCUAAAAAAAAUGUAAUGUUUAUUACAUCAAAUUUUUAGGAUUCAAAUGAGGUAUCUCUAAUAUUUCUGAUUUGGAUCUUUAAAACCUUCAAUUCCUUUUAAGCAUUUUAGAGUUGGGUCCAGAGAGAAUUUCUGUCUUCUAAAGACAUUUUCCUAGUAUCAUUUCACUGUAGAGAGUUGGCAAUUAAAAUCUCCUCCAAAGGAAACUAGAGAUUAAUAUACACUUUUUUAAGCCACUAAUAUGCUUCUGUUUUUAAUACUGUUCAAUUCUUAUUGCAAUGUUGAAUUAAAUACUCACUUUUAAAAUGAA